AUGGCUUCAACAUCGCCUUCAAGUGCGAUAUCUCCAUACCUCAUCUUUCUCAUCAGUAUUGUAACACUUGGUUCUCUUCAGUUUGGAUAUCAUUUGGCUGAGCUCAAUGCACCCAAGGCCGUCAUAACGUGCGAGAAGGAUCAUAUUUCAUCAUCAAAGCUACCCCAAUGCAUUCCUAUGAGCCAGGGUGUGUUUGGUCUUGUGUCUUCAAGCUACACUCUGGGCGGACUUCUAGGGGCCCUCCUGGCUGGGCCUCUCUCUACUAAGUAUGGUCGACUACUAGUUCUUCGGUCUACGACAAUAUUUUUCAUCCUUGGCCCAUUUGCCGAGACCAUCGCUUUUCCCAUCUCCUUGUUUGUGGCAGGGAGGUUUUUGUCUGGUAUUGGGUCAGGUGCUGCCCUUGUGGUUGGACCGAUCUACGUUUCUGAGGUCUCCCCUGCGAGCAGCAGGGGGCUGUUUGGAGCCGUUACGCAAGUUAUGGCCAAUAUCGGUAUCUUAUUGACUCAGGGAUUAGGUUAUUUCCUCAGCAAAGGCAACACGUGGCGUAUUAUUCUCGCUGUGUCCGGGUUUAUUGGCAUAAUUCAGCUCUUCGGGCUUGCAUUCGUUGUUGAAAGCCCUGUUUGGCUCGCGGAUAAACACAACAUAGCCCAAGCAAAAAAGGUUCUACAGAGAAUAAGAGGCCCUGCGGCAGAUAUUAGUGAAGAAAUAAGGACUUGGGAGAUAUCCACUCCUUCCGACCCAAGAGGUUCCAUGGCCGUGGAAACGGAGGAAGAAGAAUCGCUUCUCGCAAACCCAUUGUCAAGAACUGUUUCCCGUGUUAAAGAACCAGUGACCAUGUUUGGAGCGCUUAUGGAUCCGGUCUAUAGGCCAGCAAUAAUAUCCGUUAUUGCAAUAAUGCUGACACAACAAUUCACCGGCAUCAACAGCAUAAUCAUGUACAGCGUCUCACUCCUAUCCAAUAUCCUACCCACAACAGCAGCCCUCCUAACGGUCUUGGUAUCCUGUCUAAACCUGAUAAUGACUGUUAUCUGCGCACCUUUAUCCGACAAACUCGGCCGGAAAAUGUGUAUUUUACUUAGCAUAGCAGGCAUGGGCAGCAUGUCUAUGCUCCUUGCUAUAGGAAUAGCAUCUAGCCUCCAAAUCCUCUCGGCUGUGGCGACGCUCUUGUUUGUAGCAAGUUUUGCAGUUGGCCUUGGCCCUGUUCCAUUUAUUCUGGCCUCAGAAUUGGUAGGACCAGAGGCAGUCGGAGCGACGCAGAGUUGGGCGCUGGCAUCAAGCUGGAUAGCAACAUUUAUCGUUGCUCAGUUUUUCCCAGGCCUUAAUGAGUAUAUGGGUGGCAAAGGACAGAUUUACUGGCUUUUCACCGCCAUGGCAGUCCUGCUUGGGUCUUUUAUCUGGUGGUGGGUUCCUGAGACUAAAGGGAAGAGUGGUAUGGAUGAAGUCUGGGGGCGGGUUAGGAGAGCUAGCGACUAA